GGGCGGUGUCAUAUCGGAGUGUUAUGACUGACGCGGAAUAUCAUCCAAUGGGAGAUCGCAUAAAUAUUUAGCUAGGUUGCUAACAAGCUAAGAAGGUUGCUAGCUAGGACCUAUUGGAAGAAGAUGGAUACUGUAACGCUGGAACCAUCUUUGUACACUGUGAAAGCGGUCCUCAUUCUGGAUAAUGAUGGAGAGAGGCUUUAUGCAAAAAGGUUUUUGAUGUGCCAGCCAUCGGUUGAGACACAACAUGCUCUUGGGUACAAGUAUUAUGAUGGCACCUACCCUUCAGUGAAGGAACAGAAAGCUUUCGAGAAGAACAUCUUCAGCAAGACACACAGGACUGACAGUGAGAUCGCUCUGCUAGAGGGCCUCACAGUCGUCUACAAGAGCAACAUUGAUCUCUUCUUCUAUGUCAUUGGAAGCUCACAUGAAAAUGAGUUGAUGCUAAUGGCUGUUCUGAACUGUCUGUUUGACUCACUUAGCCAAAUGUUGAGGAAGAAUGUUGAGAGGAGAGCUCUACUUGAGAACAUGGAAGGUCUCUUUCUAGCUGUGGAUGAAAUUGUGGAUGGAGGAGUGAUUCUGGAGAGUGAUCCUCAGCAAGUGGUCCACCGCGUAGCUCUAAGGGGGGAAGAUGUGCCUUACUCAGAGCAGACUGUCACCCAGGUGCUGCAGUCUGCCAAGGAACAGAUCAAAUGGUCUCUGCUACGAUAGAACCUGUCGACUCCCCUCAUCUAACACUGUACCGCCAUUACCCAUGGCUCCCUCUCUCUGUGAUGCCAUCUCUUCCCCUGUGCUCGUUACUCACCAUUCCUCCAAUCAGGACUGAUGAGCGGAUGAUCGCUCAGCCAAUCAGACACUGCCAGGGCAAGGGAUAUCUGAGUUUUGUCUGUCUGAAUCAAUCAUUUCUAUCAUGUGUGUGUCUUUACUGUGAAGGUGUAUUCUUCUGAUAUCUAGUUCUAACGCUAGCUAUGAGAGAGAUUGGAUGCUAGCGUGUCCAUACAUUCCAGUGGUUUGAUUUGCGUUUUCUUCCACAGUCCCUUACCACUUCCGUUGACCGCUUCAUGCCCCUCAUCUCUGAUAACAUUACAUGGGUUUAGUACAGACCAUAGAAAUGACUCCUUUCAAAUUCUAUGGUCCGAUCAGGCAACAUCGUUGUUAGGCGCUAUGUGCUCUUCGGAAAUACUUUAUGAACUCGGUCAUUUAAAUCUUUUGAAUAAAAAACAUUUCUAGACACUGA